GAGAUGGAAAAGAUGGAUGCGGUGGUUGCAAGGUGCUUGACGAAGUGCCUGAAUUGGCCACACAUCAGCCGUCAAGUCGACGUCUACUGCUCGCAGACGCUUACAUCCAGGGUUGUCCUGAACUCUGUCGAGCGUGAGCUAUCUGCGGUUGUUCAGGGCAGUGCUGCUUCCCAGGUUGUCUUAGGUGCGUAUCGUGUUGGCUACGAGCUUUUCGAAGAACGCUACAGGACGAAGCCGCUGGAGAUCUUUGUGGACUGUGGCCUGCUGGAUCCCGAGGCUGUUCAGAAGCCACAGGUGCAGUUCAUCCUGAACGCAGAGAUUGAUUCCCAGCUGAAGGGCGGCUCAGAACUGACGCCAAAAGCCCUCAUUGCAGCAGUGAGGAGCCUUUGCCUGCAAAACGAGAAGGUGUCAUUAACAACGGGAAGCCAGCCAAAAGCAUACUUUUGGUACAACGCUCUCGUGGCCGUCCUCAAGGACUUGGGCUGGAGCAAAGAGGAACUAGAGCCAUCGAAAGGAUGGCUGCCACGGCGGUGGGAUGAAAUGACCGAAGGAUCUGACCUUUUCGAGUACAGCUCAACCGAGGAGGUCGUGGGCCUGAUCCUGCGCUUCAGCAACGGCGGCUUGUGGAAGGCUGCCGCCAAGUCUCUACUUCUUAGAGUGGGUAUUGGUGGCUAUGCAGGCUGCCAAGGAGAUGCAGAAGAGGCUGGGAAGUUGGCUAAAGAGCUGGAAACGGCAAACGUUCUUGACCUUGCCUUUGUUAGCCAGAAGUGUCACUGGCCCUCUGAUGUCACCAAGCUCUGGGAGGAGUGUGCAACUGUGGGCUCACCUGGUGGGCCGCCUUGCUUGCCCAUAUCACACAUCCUGCAGUUCCUGGAAGCCCUGGUCUAUGUUCCGGGACUCCAGGAUGGCGCUGGGGAGGCCAAGAAUCCGAAUCUUCUGCAACUGUCUCCGUUUACCGACUCCAUGGAGGACCUUGCGUGGUACAAAGAGACAGGAGACAAUCCAGGCCUUUGGCAUGUCAAGCCUUCAGGGCGGCGCAGGCUGCGUGGCCUCUGGUUGGAGUUGGUGCUCCAGAUCUUCGAUACCAUGGACUGCAUUCCCAGUGAUUUGGACCUUUUCUUCCAGUGCCAGGUGGCCACAGAAGCUGAUGGUGCUGUUUCCUUCAUGCUGCACUUGCACAAGCUCAAGAAAUGGCUGAAGUGCCAGGAGCUUGACUUUCAUGCUUAUGGAAGAACCUGCUGA